CUUCUGCAAGACUGCUCACAGGCUGCGGUCUUCCGCCAGUCUACUCGGCCUCACCAGCACACAAACUCAAGCUCAAGCUCAACAUCGCCACAGACUUUCAACAGGCGGAGCUGUUUGCUCACUCCCGCGGACAUGGCUUCACCAGCAGUUGCCUCUGCGCUCCAGGAGGUGCAGUCCGCCUCGACUGGCACCAAGCCCUCGCUGUACACAUCCACUCUCCGGCAAAUCACCGCCUCCACAGAGAACCUCGCCGAGAAUCUCAAUGCCUAUGCCCGCACACUCCUCGACGACUCGAUAGGGAUAGUCCAACUACGACCGCUCCUUGCCGCCUUCGUGGACGCCUUCCGCACUGUGAAGGAUCCGGACGUCAAGAUUGAGGUCGGCGAGAAGGUGGUCUCGCUGCUGCAGUCGAAGGGCGCUGGACAGUAUGAAGAGCAGGACACUUCAAUCAAGGAGGCGCUGGCCGACGCAUAUGAGGCGAUCGAGGACUACAGAAAGUCAGCGCAGAUACUAGCGUCGAUCAACCUGGAGUCAACCCAGAAGUCGAUCACAGCGGACGACAAGGCAAGAGUGUGGGUUCGGAUCGUGCGGUGCUACCUGGAAGAGGAUGAUCCAACAAGCGCCUUCUCGCACCUGAACAAGGUCAAGAACAUCAUCUUCAAUGUCCAAGACAAGGAGACGCGGAUGCACUUCCAGCUCAGCCAGGCUCGCAUCCACGACGCCCAACGGUCCUUUCUGGACGCUGCUGCAGCAUACUACGCCAUGAGCCAGGAGUCCAUGGUGGACGAGGACGAUCGUGUGGCAGCGUUGGGAGCUGCCAUCAUCUGCACAGUCCUGGCACCAGCUGGCCCACAACGCGGAAAGAUGUUGGCCAAGCUGUACAAGGACGAGCGGGCAAGCUCGCUUGACGACUACCCCAUCCUUGAGAAGAUCUUCCUCGACCGUCUUCUCUCGCCUGCAGAGAUCAAGGCGUUUGCUACCAAGCUGGCGCCACAUCAGCUCGCCAAGACUGCCGACGGAUCGACUGUCCUUGACAAGGCUGUUCUUGAGCACAACUUGCUUGGCGCAUCGAAGCUGUACAACAACAUUGGAUUCGACCAACUGGGAGAGCUGUUGGGCAUCGACGCUGAGAAGGCAGAAGACUACGCGGCGAAGAUGCUGGAACAGGGUCGUCUCUCUGGGCACAUCGAUCAGAUUGAUCGGCUGAUCUUCUUCGAGGGCGAGGCCAGCGGCGAGCGGAAGACCGGGCAUGCGGAGCGUGUCGUAGGCAAGGAGCUGAGGAAGUGGGACGCGAACGUGAUGGGCCUUGCUGAAGAGGUGGAGAAGGUGACGACGAUGAUCCAGAACCAGUACCCCGAGUUCUACGCUUCGCAGGCUGUGGCUUGAGGGAGGAAGAAGUGUGAGCGAGCAAGAACUCAGCAACACGAUCGCGCUGAACAGGCGUCGACACAAGCCGAGCAGAGAUGGGAUCAGCCAGGGCAGCAGCACACCGCCGCCUUUCUAGUCCUCGAGGAAGAAGCAAGACGGUAGAGGAUGCCUGGCGACUAGCGAUGCCUUGUGCUUUACGCACGACAUCCAUG